GUAAAAGCUCCAAUAUCGAGUCGAGGCGGGAAAGCGAUUGCCAUCACCACACUAUCCAACCCCUCAUACUGAAAAUACAGUCAAAAUGGGAGGCGGUCCUAAGGUUCCCUACCCCAAGCACGUCUGGUCGCCGGCCGGUGGUUGGUACGCCCAGCCCGCGAACUGGAAGCGUAACACCGCCGUCAUCGGUGCCGUUAUGGCCGGUGUUGUUGCCGUUAUCUGGAAGAUCAGCGCUGAGAAGGAGGUGCGCUACGUGAUGCCUCAGGAGGGCCGGUUCUUCCCCAGCAGAUACUGGUCGAAGCAAUUGAUCGAGUACGACAGAGAACAGGCCGCGAGGAAGGCUAAGGAUACGACGCAGGCGGAGGCGAUUCAGAACUCAUAAACGACGACUCGGACGGUCGGAAAACUUUUGUACAAUGUAAAUACGGUACCCCAGGAAUUGAGCGCCGCGCGGUAGCGGCAGUUGCGAACAUUGGAAGACCC